AUGUUGAUUCGUAAGGCAACGCGAGCGGAUAUAGGCGACAUGGCAAGGGUUGCCGUUGCGUCCUAUGCGAAUGAUCCCCAAGAUACAUACAUGUACCCUCGCCGUCUGGAGCACCCCAAACGAUAUCUCAAACUCAAAUCAGAUAUUAUUGAGCAUGCCUUUGAAGACCCGACCACGGUCCCUAUAGUCGCCGUUUUGGAUGACCAAGAACCUGACUGGCAAGGCACACCUGUUAUCACUGGCUUCUGUGUCUGGUAUUGCGAAAGCAAUGUCGGCCGAGAUAGCGAGGGCGCAGAAAAUUCUACCAGAGAAACCAAGAGCUCAAUAUUAAAAGAUUCAGACAUUGUAGAUUUUCUUUCCGAUUCGUUGAACCCUAUUGUCAGCUCCUCGAACACUAGAAGCGUAGCCCAACACUGCAGCAAUCCCACGUCCCGCCGGUUCCUGGCAGGCUAUGAGCAGCCCUCCUCGUACUAUGGCGUAUAUGACAUUGGCGUUAGUCCUAAGUUCCAGCGACGGGGUGUAGCUCGCCAACUCAUGAACUGGGGGAUUGCAAAGGCCGACCAGGAGGCAUUACCGGUGUAUCUGUCGGCCACGCCAGCCGGGAAGCCGUUAUAUGAGAGACUAGGAUUUCGAACAGUGGGUUACUGGACUUGGCGGCCUCAACAAGGUUCGGAAUGGGACAUCAUGCAAAGAGAUCAUAAUGCACCUGUUGAAAGGGGAGAAAAACAAAAUAGUCAGGAUUGCUAG